GCUCCAUCCCACAUCGGCGCAAAGUAGCAAUGUAAUCGACUAUAUAUAAUCUUCGGAGAGAUGAAAGGGCACGACCUUACUUGAACAGGAUCUGUUCUAUAGGCUCGUACCACUGUAUUCUUGAGUCCUAAGAAGACAGAAAACCCAUGUCGUGGUUGAUGAACCACGACCAUGUAACCAGAGCGUGAUUAACGGAGUUUCUCAUGUUUUCGGCCAUGGCUCAGUAGAUGAUCGUUGCCGGUCCAUCUUGAUGUGUCCUGGCAUGGUUACAUGGUUGUCUGACAGACAAUAAAACUUUUUUUUUUGAUUCCAUGUCGCUUCGUAACUGAAUCUUUUUUCAAUUAGUUGCUCUAGAAUUAAAAACCUGAAAUUUAUUUUCUUGUUUCAUUCAACAAUUUUCAUGUAUAUUAAGAUCUUAUCUGUAAUGGCUAUUAGCUUCUGACCCCCUUUCUGGUCCUUUUGUUUCUGACAAAGUCUUCAAAAGAUCUUUGCCCCACAUCAUAUAGCAGAUGAAGGCGAAUUGUAUUUUAUCAGUCUUCAGCGUUAAGGCCUUAAGGGCAAAUAUGGGUUCUAUAAGUUGUGGUUUUACAGAAUGUCAAAACCCAGAGAUGCAGAUAAAGUGUUCGAUGAAUUGCCUGAUGGAGAUUAUGUUUCUUCUUGGGUCAGAUAUAUACAAAAGCACAAGAAGAAAAUCCAGCCUACAAGGAGAUCCCAGUGGGAGUGAUUCUAGAUAUGGGAUCAUCAUAUUCAUAUUCAUAUUCAUAUUCAUAUUCUGGGGUUGGAAAGGCUGUUCAUAGCUGCAUCACCAUGGCUGUGUCUGAGUUUUACAUGGUCAACCCUCACUUCCAAACAAGGAUAGUUAUUCACCAUAGGGAUACCCAUGGAGACCCACUGCAUGCUCUCUCUGCUGCUCUUGAUCUUUUGGAAAAGCCAAAAGUGGAAGCAAUCAUAGGUUCAGAGUCAACAGCUGAAGCAAAGUUCCUGGCGGUUUUGGGAGACAAAGCUAGAGUGCCUAUUCUUUCACUUUCACCAUGUCUAUCUUGCAACAAGCAUCCUUAUUUCCUUCAAGUUACACAAGAUGAAAAUGAAACCAGUCAAUUUAAAGCGAUUGCUGCAAUGGCAGAAUCCUUUAGAUGGAAGGAAGUUAUUGUUAUCUGCGAGGACAGUGACAGGGGAAGAGAUAUGACAAAUACUCUCCAAACAAAGAGCAUACUUGUAACAUAUAGGAGCCUAAUUUCAACCUCUUUUAGCAAUGAACUACUCCAGGAAGAGCUUCACAGGCUUUCAACUAUGCAAACAAAAAUAUUCAUUAUGCAUGCUUCCCCUUCUCUUGCAUCACACCUUUUGGUGAAUGCAAAGUAUCUUGGAAUGAUGGAUAAAGGAUACAAAUGGAUUAUCACCAGUAAGACUAUGGAGUUUCUGAAUUUAAUGGAUGAUGAAGUUAUUGAGUCUAUGCAAGGGGCAGUGGGUUUUAAAUCAUACAUUCUACAAUCAAGGGAUCUUCACAAUUUUACUUGUAGAUGGAGAAGGAAAUAUCAUGCUAAGAACCCUGUGAUGAAGCUGAAGGAGAUAAAUAGUUAUGCUAUUUGGGUGUACAACACAGUUUCAGCUCUAGCAAUGGCUGUUGAGCAAGUUGAACAACUGAAGAUAAAAGACGUGUUGACUCAAAGUCAAAGGGGUACAACACUUUUAAAUCAGAUGUUAAGCAUCUCAUUUCAUGGUUUAGGUGGUGUUUUCCAACUUACGAAUGGGGAUGGGAAGAUUAAUGCUGCACAAGUCCUGGAAGUUGUAAAUGUGAUAGAUAAAGGAGAAAAGAGGGUUGGAUUUUGGACAAGGGAUGCUGGUUUUUUCACCAAAAAGAUAGGUAGGGUGAAUAAUUCAGUUUCUGAUGAGGGUCUGGAAGCCAUCAUCUGGCCUAAAGGAGGCAUCACAACUAAUUCAUCACAUAGGAUGCUACAAGUGAGUAGCAAAAAUCUUAAAAUUGGGAUUCCAGGGAAACAUGGAGUGGCAAAAGUUUUUCAAGUGAAAUACGACACUCAAACCAAUGCGACUGUUGUUUCAGGGUUUUGUGCAGAUGUAUUCCGAACUGUAUUCAAAGGAUUAGGUCGUGACAUAUCCUUUCAAUUCAUUCCAUUUAUGGAAGAAGAUGGAACAAUAAAUUACGACAAUCUUAUAUAUCGAGUCUAUACUGGGGAAUUUGAUGCUGCAGUUGGAGAUAUAACAAUCAUGGCUAAUAGAAGUCUAUAUGUUGACUUUACACUGCCAUAUACUGAUCUUGGCCUUGGAAUGCUGUCUCGAAACACUCAUGCAGGCAUGUGGAUCUUUAUGGAACCACUGAGUUCAGAUCUGUGGCUUGUGUCUGCUUGUUUCUUUAUAUUACUUGGUUUUGUCAUUUGGAUUCUUGAACAUCCAACGAAUGAAGAGUUUCAAGGUUCAUCAUCACAACAGAUUGGAACAACGUUAUGGUUUGCCUUUUCAACCCUUGUUUUUGCUCAUAGGCAGAAACUGCAGAGUAAUUUGUCAAGAUUUAUAGUGACUGUGUGGUUGUUUGUAGUGCUGGUACUUGCUUCAAGCUACACUGCAACCCUGAGUUCGCUAUUCACUAUUGAACAAAUUCGGUUAGCCUCAAAGGGAGACUUAAUUGGGUACCAAGGUGGUUCCUUUGUGAAGGGAGAUAUCGUUAGGAACUUUAAUUUUAAAGACACCAGUUUGAGGCCAUAUUCUACAUUUGAGGAAUAUGCUGAUGCUUUAUCAACUGGGAGCAAGAAAGGUGGUGUUGAUGCAAUUAUUGAUGAAAUUCCAUACCUGAAGGGAUUCCUAGCUCAGUAUCCAUCUGGCUACUCCAUGGUUGUGUCUGAAGUCACCACUAGUGGUUUUGGCUUUGCAUUCCCGUUAGGUUCACCCUUGGUCCCUGAGUUAUCAAGGCAGAUUUCCAGGCUACGAGAAAAUGGGAGCUUAGCAAAGUUGGAGAAGAAGUGGUUUAAAUCAAAUCAACAGUCAAAGGAUUCCAAGCAUGCUUCAAAGAUUCUAAACCUGAAAGACUGCCGUGGUCUGUUUCUUAUUAGUGGAGUCUCAAUGGCUGUGGCCCUUUCCAUAUUCUUGUUUUAUUUUAUUCAUGAGAAACUGCAUUUCACAUACACAAUGCUGGCUGGAGGAAAACUUGCAUUCAUAAUGAGGAUUCUCAACCCUAAACCGGUGGUUGAACUUGAAACAAGAUGAUCCAAACCGAACAACAACUACAACUAUGCCAUUCAUCUUGUCUAUGUUUAUUCCUUUCUAGCUUCUAGGCUCAGGCAUAUGAAGAUUCAUUAGUAAACCUGUUUAUCUCUCCAAUUUCUCCUUUUAGUCGUGUAGUUUUUUUAAUCAAUGGUAGCAAUGUGAGGUAUGACAAAACAAUGUUGAAUGUGAAGAUUCUGUCUCUUUAACAUCUUGUUGAUCAUGUUUCAAACAUUCCUUUCUAUACUUGUUUUUUUAGAUGUAGUCAAUCAUGAGGUUCAAAAACUGUCGGUUCAUUUUUAGAUUUGCAAUUGCUUGUACUCAACCUCCACCCUUUCUACAACUGGAUCAUAACAGUUGGAAAAUCCUUUAGUUACAAUAUCCGUUAUUGCAUUAUGAAAGCUGAUUUCACUUGUUCUCUUUGCUAAUCAUGGCAACUUGAGGAUGGCACUCUAUUUGCAUAAUCAGAUGGAGUGGAGUUGAAAGUAGAAGAUGCAUGUCACUUCAUUUCUGCCCUGCUCUGCUUAAGGCUGUAAAAACAAUGAAGAAAGGGGACAUGAACAUGGCUCAAGACUCAAGAGAAGAUCAAGGCUGCUGGAAAAAAAAGAAGGAAGAGGGUAAUGUGUUCUUUAAAGCCGUUAAAUAAUAUGAGAAGGCUGCUAAUUAAGUUCAUUGAGUAUGUCACUAAUUUUGAAGAAGAAGAAAAGCAUUGAAGGUUACCUGUAACCUUCAUAAUGCAGCUUGCCGUUGACAGUUUGUUGUUUCUAAAUUUAUAUGCUGUUUAAAAAGUUGUUAAUAAGUGGUGGGGAACCAUGAUUGAGACAGGUGUGGGAACUUGACACUAAGUAUUUAAACUAAUGCUUUGACUGGGUAGUGGCAGUAUGAUAGCCAUGAAUAUUGCUUUUGAUUAUGGACCCCACCUUCUCAAUUACAUCACAUUUACCAACUAGUUUGGGCUUGGAUCCCACACCCCGUUCGGGUGUUGACUUUGAUGGGGAGGAAGAAGCAACCUGACCAACUUCAAACAACCCAUGGUUGACUUGGGCCUAUUUCCUUCUUUAUGUUCUUGACCUUCCUUACUACGUUAAGUAGGUGAAGUCAUUAUUUGGGCCUUUUUAAAUUCACCAUUCUAGUUAAUU